CCAGAGCUGAACACUCUCCCAACAUGGCUGCUGCUGUACAGUGAAGGCAUAGCUGUGCAUUCAUAUGGAGAGAAAAGACUAAAUUUGUCAGGAUAUCCAGAGAGACUUGAAGAUAAGGAAACGCCUCUACAUCAGUAUUAUGACGUGAUUCCCUGUGCAUCACCUGAGCAACAAAUAAACGAGACGAGCUAUCCCAGAGUCUGCUGCUUUUCUUCUGUCACACUGGCAGGAAGUGUUGACAGGCAGAGAACUCAGGCUGCACCCACCUGCUUUCUCUGUCCACAUCUUCACCACUUGACCUGCAGCUUCCAGGAGUGGUGGGCUGAGAGGGAUCUCUCCGAGAUUCUCGGGUGUGUGACGUCGAGGUCUGGACGUUGUUUGGCAGCACUGAGAAUUUGCCAGAUCUCGUUGUCAGGACAAGGAGCAGAGCAUGUUGAGUAGCUGUGGUUGCUAUGGAGCCGCAGGAUAAGAAGCAGGAAGAGGAUGCUGGGACGUUGGGCCUUACAACUGGCCAGGCUCUGGCAAAGCUUCGGGACCAGCUCAGCAGCUUGCUGGAGCAGCACCAGAGGGUUGCACGCAGACGAACGUCUGUGCUGGAACAGUGGCUAAAUAGCUUCCUUUACCAUGGCAACCGUCACUCUUGUCUCCAUUGGCCGGGUGCUGCCCUCACUCUUCUGGUGGUGCUGGGACUCAUCUGUUGCCAUGGUAGUCAGCCAAAGGGCAGUUCUGGUAUAGAGCUCCUGAAUGCUGCUGCACUCCUCCUCCUUUUGGUGCUGAAUCUGCUUCUGGUUGGACGCCAGGAGAGACUGAAGAAGAGUGAGAUGGUACGGCGCCUAAAAGCAAUCAUCACACAGCUCAGUGAUUACUUGUCAGGGUGUGUUGGUGAAGUGCAGUGGCCUCUAGCUCUCUACCCAGACCUUUACACACCUUCAUCCCCAUCAUGGUCCCUUCAUUGGACCUAUCGUGACUCCGAGCUGGUUAAUCUGCCUGUCAGUCUGCUGGUGGAAGGAGAUAUCAUUGCUUUGAGACCUGGUCAAGAGGCUUUUGCAUCACUUAGAGGCAUUAAGGAUGAUGAGCAUAUUGUGCUUGAACCAGGAGAUUUAUUCCCACCAUUCUCCCCUCCUCCUUCCCCACGGGCCAAUGAGAAGCGAGGACCCCAGAUCCCCCAGCAACACCGCCUCUUUAGAGUGGUCCGGACUCCAGUCCUGGACACAAUAAGGAACAAUUUGGAGUUGGCAAUGUCUCGCCCAAUCACUGUGCUAGAUAAUGAGAGGUUUACAGUACAGUCAGUCAUCGCCAAGCUAGUCUGUCCUGUUGUGCUGGUGGCCUUCCUGCUUGUUAAUACUAUCCGCUUUGCUCUCGAUGCCCCCAGCGUCACCCCCAACUGCUACAAUUUUGUUCAACUUCAGCUGAUGGGUGUACUGCCCAUCUUGCCCCUGCUCUUUCCUGUCAUGUGGGUGCUGGUGAAUGCCUAUGGAGAGGCCAGGGUCCUUGCUGAGUUCAGCCGUGUUUCGCCAGCUGGCCUGCUUGCUAAGUUCUCUGAGGACACUCUAAGCAGCUACACCGAGGUGGUUUCCUCCCAGCAGGAGAUGCUCCGUUGUGUGUGGAGGCACCUUGUUGCCGUCUUGAAGGGAGAAUCUCAGACACUCUGCUAUACUUCCAGCCUCUUGCACACUCUGGGAUCUGUCACUGUGCUAUGUUGUGUGGACAAGCAAGGAAUUCUGUCGUGGCCUAAUCCCAGUCCGGAGACUGUGCUGUUCUUUAGUGGACGAGUGGAACCGCCACACAACAGCCAGGAUGACCUCAGAGAUGACGUGUCUGUUAACUCAUACUGCCGAAUGGAUAUGGAUGAUGAUAGGGACGAGGCCCAGGAGGCAGAGGCUCUGCUUUGUCUGCAGACAGAGUCCUCAACACAGCUGGGGGAGGGGUUAGAUCCCAGCGAGAUGUCACAUGACACAGCCCUUUUGUCUGAAACACUCCGAAUUCAGCAACCCUGCCAGCCCAUACCCAUUAGCACCAAACACCACUCUGGAUCUAAUGUGAGCUUCAGCCAUGACACUGAGCGAGGCGAGGAUGACCAGGCGCUGGAUUUUUCAACGGGUUGUCCUGAAGUGGAGGCUGAGGACUUUGUGUGUGACUACCACCUGGAGAUGCUGAGCCUGUCGCAAGACCAGCAGAACCCAGCCAGUAUCCAGUUUGAUGACCAGUCCUGGCAGUGCCACCUGCCCUCCCUAAAGCCACUAGGCCUGAACAUCAUGCUGAACCUCUGCAAUGUCAGCGUCACCAAGCAGCUCUGCCGCUUCUCUGACCAUCUGUCCAACCUGGCUCUGCAGGAGAGCCAUGGCACUGUGCUACCAGUCUAUGUCCCCUGGGGGCUCUGUGAGCUCUCCAGGCUUAUAGGGUUCACUCCUGGUGCUAGAGAGCUGUUUAAGCAGGAGAACCAUUUGGCCCUCUACCAGCUGCCAUCUGGAGAGAAGACCAAGGAGUUCACCUCCCGCCGCCUUCAUUACUUCACCAAACGCCAGCCUCCAAUCUCCCAUCUUAUCUCUCUGUUCGUACGAGACUCUUCGUCCAAUAAUGUUCAGAUGCUGUCACAUGGUUCAGCAGACCUUAUCCUUGAGGCCUGCACUGACUUCUGGGAUGGAACUGAUAUCUACCCCCUCUCAGGCUCAGACAGAAAGAAGGUCCUGGACUUCUACCAGCGUGCCUGUCUAUCAGGUUACUGCUCAGCUUUUGCCUACAAACCCAUGCAAGUAUCUCUGUCUAGCCAGCUGAAUGGCAAAUGUGUGGAGUUGGCCCCUGGUCCCUAUCUCUUCUCUGGGCUAGAGCUGCCCUCCACGACUCCCAUCAAACACAGCUCCUGCAGGAACAGCUGGAGCUCAGAUGAGGGUAUAGGUGAAGGUGUGGAGCGUGAGGAUUGUGUUCAGGCCCUAAGCGGGCAGAUCUUUAUGGGAAUGGUGUCAUCCCAGUUCCAGGCAAGGCUGGACACAGUCCGUCUCAUUGAUGCCCUCGUCACUGCCUGCAUCCGUUUUGUUUACUUUUCCAUGGAGGAUGAACUCCGCAGCAAGGUGUUUGCAGAGAAGAUGGGGUUAGAGACAGGCUGGAACUGUCAUAUCUCUCUGACACCAAAUGGAGAUGGUCCCUGUGACGGAGCUCCAUCCAGCCCCAGUCAUGGCUCCCUGCAUGAGGAUUUGAAUCAAGAUUCUCGGGAUGAAGCAGAAGGUCCCCUGCUACCAGAAGAGGAAGCCCACUCUGACCUGGCCAGUUUCCAUCCCACAGACAGUGAUGUGCCCAGCUUUCUGGAGGACUGCAACAGGGCCAAGUUACCUCGUGGGAUCCACCAAGUUCGUCCUCAUUUGAAGAACAUUGAUAAUGUGCCUCUUUUGGUGCCACUCUUCACUGACUGCACACCUGAAACCAUGUGUGAGAUGAUCACGAUCAUGCAGGAAAACAGGGAGGUUGCGUGCUGUCUGGGGAGCGCUGCCAAUUUCCGCAAUAGCCGUCUAUUCCUGCAGAGUGACCUUAGCAUUGCUCUGGACCCUCUGUAUCCAUCUCAGUGUUCGUGGGAGACAUUUGGCUAUGCCACUGGGGGAGGAUUUAACGGAGAGGCCGAAGGACUGUCUCCUCUGAGACUGUCUGGACAGCUCAACAGUAUGGGCUGCUCUGUUACCUUCCACCAAGGAGAGAGUGUGAGCAUGGUCAAGCUCAUAGAACAGGCACGGCACACAACCUACGGCAUUCGCAAAUGCUUCCUCUUCCUGCUGCAGUGUCAGCUCAGUCUGGUCAUCAUCCAGUUCUUAGCCUGUCUAGCUCAGCUUCCUCCUCCCAUGAACACCACUGACAUCCUCUGGGUGUCGUGCUUCAGCUGCCCUCUGCUAAGUGUGUCACUUUUGGGAAAGCCUCCUGAUAAUUCAGUCAUGACUGUUGCCACAGGGAAGAACCUGGACGCAAUCCCAAAGAAGACUCAGAAUUACUUCCUGGGCUGUUUCUUAUUGAAGUUCGGCCUGACUGUGUGUGCCUAUCUGUUGGCCUUUGGGUUCAGCCUACAGGCAGUCUGUCUCAGCAAUUCGUCAGGCUGCAACCUGACCUCAAACAAUGCCAAUGACUCCUGCAGUAUAUUUACAAAGAGAAUUUCACCUGAGGCACCUAAAUGGUUCUCUGAGCUAUCCAAUGGCCUGCUGAUGACUCAGAAAGUCAUGGCAGGGUUUCUUGUCUUGCACACAGUGGUGAUCUCCCUGAGCUAUGUCCACCGUUCUCAGCCUUUGUGGAAAAAGAGCCCGUUCAGCAAUACCUGGUGGUGUGUCACUGUACCCGUGCUACUGCUCAGCCAAGUUGUUCAGGCCACAGUGGAUUACCAGUUGUGGCGUGACCAGAGCAGCGUGCUGUGCUUUAAACUGGCUGACAUACCGCUGGAGGCCUGGCUGUUGGUCUCACUCUCCCCCCUGCUGGUGGUUGUGGUCAAUGAAGUGGUGAAGCUACACGAGAUACGGGUGCGAGUUCGAUACCAGAAGAGACAGAAGCUGCAGUUUGAAACAAAGCUGGGAAUGAAUUCUCCGUUCUGAAGUUGGCUGGUGUGGCAAUACCAGUCUGUCCCUACUGUAAAAGGCAGGGUGCAAGCACCAUACUGUAAUAGCCAAUAUUACCACUUCAGCCCAACUGCACUGCAGCCAGGUGGAGCAAAAGUUGGACAUCAUGAUGGAGGCUUUGACAUGUUUGUUCAAGCUUCUGGGACAGUUUUUUUAACUGUUGAUUCAUUACCUGAAGGGCAGGGGAAAGGAAGCUUUGAAAGCAUCAGUUUAAACUACAUAUAAAAAAAGCCAAAAGACAGUUGGUCUGGGUUUGUACUCUGAAAGGCAUGAAGAAUAAUUUCUGAAGUAGUUCAUGCUCCCUCACCUUCACUUCUGUUCAUCUGUGACUUUUGCAUGAGUUUCUCUCAUCUCCAGGAAUGUUCCACUAAAUGCUGCUUCACUUUCAGAGGAUCUUGAUGUGAUGUUUAAUGUCAUCCAACCACACAUUGAAUUUUUGCAUAUCAUCUGACUUGCCUUCAUUAAUUUCCUUAUGAAAUAGAAACACACAGGGCUGAAAAAAGGCAGUUUGUACCUAUGGAGCCCCAAAGUGUGUGGUAAUUAUGAUUCAAGGAAAGGAAUGAGUACGUUUGAUGCACUUAUUUCAUUAUACACAAAAACAAACAGUCUAAUGAACUUUGCUUCUGAAAACAUUUGAGGAGACAAAUAAGAUACACAGCUGGUGAAUUUGUUUUUAUUUUGGUUUGAAAAUGCCUAGAUUAUUUUGUAAAUGAAGUUGACCCUUUAGAGUCAAAAAGGAAAGUAAAGCAGGGAAAUGGCUUUAGGCAAACCUACCUUGUGAUUUGUAAGUAUGAGCAUGCAGUCAUUUGGUUUCUCAGUCAGAUUUGCUGCUGUGUUUCGGUUUGUUUACUGCAGCAACUAGUUCAUUAGGUGAUUUAGAACUAACAGGAACUCCUGAGGUUGUUGAGCUUGUAAGAGGGAAGAACUCUUGUCAUGAAAAGUCAAAACAGCUUGACACUGAAUCAUUUUUUUUUAUCAUAGUUUCCACACCUUGGGGUUUCAUGUGUAAUACAGGAUAUAGUGUUGACUCUACCUCUUUAAAAACAAAACAAAACAAAAAAAAAGGCUCUUCCUAGGCUUCCUCAACCUUCUGUUAUUAUGCCCCAAAACCACCUUUUAAUCUUUACUGUGGUAGCCUGGAAGAUAUUGCUGUUCAGUUGUAUUUUGCUACAAAUGUGCUUGUGUUUUUUUGUUUGUUUUUUCUGAAUUCCUAAGCUAAGCCUAGGUCAUAAAGUACAAUACAUUAAUGAGAUUGAGGAUUGAAUAUGAUAGUUUUAUAUGCAUUUGCAUUAUGUGUGUGAGAGAGAUGGGUCUACUCUGUGCAGAACAAUGUUCAUCUGGUAUGUUUACAAUACCAGUCCUCUGAAAGGUGCUUCAUGUCAUUCAGUUGCCUUCCUGCUUACUUCAUGUGUAAAACCUGAACAUACAGGAGCUCAGGAUUUUCUUUUUAGUAUUAAACAAUGAUCAGCAGAAUGAUUCAGAUUAACCCAGAUUUCAGAUUUAAUUUGCUAAGCUGUCCGGCCUGUUCCCCAAAUUUUAAAAACUCCAAUUUUUAGCUCCGCUGUCUCAAAGACAAUGUUGAGGUAUUGUCAUAGCCUCGACGUUGGUGGCGUCUGUUCCAUAAAAAUUUUAACGUUGACCAUAACUGAAGAAUGGCCUAGAAUGUUCAAAUUCACACCAAAGAUACAUUCACUAAAAAUCUCAGUGAACUUGACCUGAAGGUAAUGGUCAGAGGUCAAGUUUUCUGAAAAUCUUGUGAACGUGAUAACUCAAGAACAAUCUCACCUAGGUUGUUCAAAUUCACACCAUAGAUUCAUUUACCAAAAAUCUUGAAUGGGUUUGAAUCUCGGCAACCUUGACCAAAUUCACAACAUCGAUGCAUCCAAGCUAGAGCCAUCAGAAAUAGCCAAGUGUUGACACCUGCUCCGCAGGGCUCCUGUUUUAAAAUUAGUACGAAACACUGAAAGUAAAUUUUGCCAAGGGCAUGUUAUAAUCCUGUAGGAGGCCUGGAGCCCCAAAUGAUUAAUUGUUAGUUAUUUUUCAGAAAAAUAUAUUAAUCCCAAAUAUCCAUCUAUAUUUUAAGAUUAAAUUAUGUAUAUACAAUAUAGAAUUUUUUUUCUUACGUAAAAUAUAUAGGAAUUGAGUUGAAUUCACAUAUUCAGGGUGCAAAUUUGACACUAUUCAGUGGCUGUUAAAGUUGAAGUAAUUGUGAUUAAAAGCUAAAUUUCUUCCAUGUAUAUGUCCUAAAUUUAUGUAGAGUUUUAUAAAUAUUUGUCACUGUAACGAGUAAUGUUGACAAAUGUUUUAUCCAUUUUCCAUCCCUCUGCUCCUAAACAGAUUUGCAGUCAGAGUAACAAACUACGAUACAGAUUAUAUUCCCUUGCAAUGAGCACAUUACUGCUUCAGACGCAGAAGACAUGCAGUUUUUCUUAUUAUACUGCUUUCUAGUCAACAUGGGGGACAAGUUCAAUUAGUUCCCAAUUCUGAGGUCUGUUGCUGAGCCACCCUUAAAGGUGUAGUGUGUAAGAUUUAGUGACAUCUAAUUGAGCAUAGGGCAGGUGUCAUCAACUACAUUUGUCCAAGGGCCAGAAUUUUUUCUCUGCAGACAGUGUGAGGGCCAGGUGCUCCUGUAAAGUAAAAUAAAAUUAAUAUUGUAUCCUAAGUAAUAUACUGUCAUUUGAUAUAUCAAUUCAAAUUUAUACAAUUCUUAAUGAUGUUCUGUGCAAAUCUUGCACUUACAUGUUCUUCUGUUAUGUUGGCGGUUGUUAUAGAAGCACCACAAAUGUGCACAAUUGUUCUCAUUAUAGAUAACAUGAGCACGGGAACCAAUAAAAUGUUAAAUGAGAGCAACAAGUUUAUCUAUACAUGAUCUACUUUCCAGAAGGCAGUUUUGUUGAUUUUUUUUUUUUUAAAUGAAUUUAAGAACAUAUGAAGAGUUCAGAUGCAAAACCCUCUAAAAUAGACUCACCUUCAGCUGUGUUUACAAUCUGAUCACCACCAACAAAAGCCAGCUCCUCAGUUCAGCGCAGUGCUGAAAAUACUUGAAGUCACAUGGUCUGAUCUUACAUUCUGAUUGGUUCUAGACACAUGGAGGUUUUUGCGGGCAAUGAGAAGUGGCGUUUUGAUCAUUCAUACUAGUCAGAGAUGGGUAUUUAACGGGUUAUGACACAUGAUUUGAUUGUCGUAUAAUGCAAAUGGAAAGGAUACCGUAAAUAUCAUUUUCUCAUUUUUGACGGAGGUGGCGGUUAGCGGCUUUUGCAUCCGAACUCUUUUUCCUUUUUUCCUCCUUACUAGUCUAGGAAAGCUCUGGCCGGAUGUGGUCCGCAGGCCUAGGGGUUACUUGCUUGAGACGGUGCUUGUUUUGUCUGUUUAGGGCUACUACAUAUAGAGGGUUUGCUGCAAGUAAACAAACACGCAGCAGCUGUAAUUUUCAGAUGAUUACACUCGU